AUUUUUUAAUUUAUUUCUGGAGGAAUAUAUUUGUAAAAUUACAAAAUGGUAAAAAUACUGAUAGCAUUGGUGUCUGCCUUAGCCCUGGUCACAGCCAAACCUACCGAUGAUUUGGAGACAAUCGCUAAUAAUUUUAUUUCAAAAAUUCCGGUACAUUUUGGUGGAAAGGCUGACCACAACUCCAUUAGUGAUAAUCUACUGAAGAGACCGUCCAAUGGAGUGAAUGACCAGAAUUGGGAAUUCCUUUCUCUAGGAAUCGGAGGUUUUGGAGGACUGAAAGUGUCGGUUACGAGAGGGGACAGUCAGGUGAACGUCAGUACUAUUUAUGGUUUGAGCGCCGGAUCUCUGACUGUCGCUGAAAGUGAGACACAAAAUGGCAAACAAAUCAAAGACAUUACACAACCAUUAGUUGACAAAUACGUCAAACCUAUUGAGGAGAAAGAUGGCGGUGACGGCACUCUAGUAGUGGUGGCCGGAGAGGAAAGGGAUGGCACUCUUGUGGUUCAU